AUUUUUGUGUGUUUUUUUGUAUCAGCCGGCUAUUGUGUAUGUAUACGCUCUGUGCAUGUUAUUUUAUGUAUUUUAUUAUCGGAAAAACUACCGGAAUAUCAUUGAUCAAAUCCAAGAGUAUUAAUAACCAACCAUCAUUCAACCCAUUGUAAAUUGUGCAAUCGGAAAGAUAAUAAUUCAAUCAGAAAUCGUUGCGUACAGCCAGAGCGCCAGAGACCUGGACGAACAACCUCACUUUUGGGAAAAAUGAUCGGAAAUUGGCGACAGAUUCUAUCCAACUACUGGACGAAUACUCAAGUUGCUACGGAGAAAACGCUGCAAUUGGUGAAAGAUGAUUUCGAGUGCAGCGGAAUGGUGUUUGACGACAAGUUUAAGGAAUACUUUCUACGCACAACGAAUGCUCAAGUCGUUCAAGUGUAUGAAGGAUUUAUCUUGGAAGUGCAAUUCAAUCCCGAGCCAACCAACAAAAAGACAACAACCGAUGCAAGCGGUGAGACUGAAAUAAAUCAAUCGCAUAAUUGCCAGCAGACUGACCCAAUUGCGCCAACAACAAAUCAAGAAGUAAAUACAGCCCUCAAUUGGCCGUCUUCUAAGCCAUUUUAUGGCGUAUCAAACAAUGAAACCAUAUGUCAACCAUUCGUGUCUCAACUCAACGAGUCUCAAGCGACUAUUAUGAGUGGAAUCGAGCGAAACGAGAAUGGAAUUAGCAUUGACAACCCAAUUGAAACAUCGAAUGAAGAAGAAGAUAUGCUGGUGAUAAACGUCGAUGGACCAAAUAAACUUAUAGAUUACGAUUAUAAUGUGACAAUUGAAAAUGCCAUAGCAUCUCCAAAAACUGUAAGCAAUCAAGCCAAUCGGGAGGAGGUAAAGCGAGUGGAGAUGAACCAACGAAAGAGAAAAAUUGCUGACGCAUCGACAUCGAAUGACAACUCGAAGAAGAAACGGAAGAAUGAACUACGUUCGACAGUGAAAACAGCACCGGAGUCAACUUCUGAAUCGGCGGUAAUUGAUGUGACGUCCAAAGAAACAAAGAGUUCGAAACGAUCAAAUCAACAGAAUGAAAUCAACUCAGCUGACGCUGAACAACAGAAUGGAUCGACAUCAAAUCGAAAUGAACAUCAGUCGACGCCAAAUACAACGCCAUUGCAUGAAUUCCCAGACGAUGAUACGCUUGAAGGAUUCGCAUCGUUUGUGGGCAUCAUAAAUAACAUUGAUCUCAACAAGGUACCAGCAUCACUUGGAGUAACACUCGGAAAUGAAUCACAAGCCACUCUUGCGAAUGGUGUUGGCAUACGAAAUAAUACAGUGAUAAACGGGAUAGCGAAUGGUAUGAUGGAAAGUGUUCAACCUAAUAAUACAACGAUCGUUGAUUUGUCAAUUGAUAAUACCGAAGCAUGUGCAGAAAAAGAGAGCAGUCAAUCUAACUCAUCGUCAUCAACCAUUCGUAGAUGGAACUAUCAUAUUGUCGAAGACUAUUUAUUUAAAAAUGGAAUUACAUCCAGAAGAAACGCAACUUACGAAUUAGUUGCAAACAAGUUUCCAGGCCUACAGAGGGACGAAUUUAAUAAACUUGCAACGCGAGCAAAAAGAAUGAUUGAAAAUGAUAGCGUGAAGCGUCCUGUAAGAAGGCCACGGAAACAUCCCAAAAUCUACACCGACUCCGACACCAAUCGUCAAUUUUUGAAUGUAUCAGGUUCGGAUGAUUCAGACGGUGAAUCAAAUCCUGAUGGCACAUAUGAUCAAUCUUUUGCCAAUAUUGUUGCCAAUGAUCCGUGUCGUGUGCGAAAUUUUAUUGUUCGUAACGGUUUGUAUUAUAGUCAAUCACAGGUCCUAAAUGAUCACAUUCGCAGACAUUAUCGCAUUACGGCCAUGGAUCGCACUUUUGUCGAUUGUGCAAUGCUACAAGCAUCUCGAUAUAUUGACAACCAAAAACGAAAGCUGAUGAACAAUCCGGAAGCGAAUUUAAGACAGAAUUUGUCAAACGCAGCAACGGCAGCAACGGCAGCAACGCCGUCCGGAACUCAAACAGUCACAGCACAAACACCAUCUGGAAGUGAGAUCCCGGUUCGAUCACCGACUGGAAGUCCAAGUACAUCGAAAAAUUGAUUCACAUACAUUAUUCUCUUGAAUAAACCAAAUAAUAAUCGACAAAAAAUGAAAUCACCGUCCUAAAUAACACCAAUUCAGCUGCAUAAUUUAAAGAAUUACUUUGUUCCCAACAUUCUCAUUGUUAAUCUGUUAAUCAGAGUUUUGAGAUUUAAAAGAUCACUGCCACUAGUUUCAACUGAAUCUCAUUAAUGAAAAAUGUAUUAUAAAUAGAUCAAAAUUCACGUUUAUUAUCACUCAAUUUGUGUUUCGAGCCCGUUCAAAAUGGCAGUUGCAAACAAUUGUAAAUAUACUAAUAGCAUUUGAUUAAUCGAUUUAAUUUAAAAAUGAUGAACCCAACAAUACUUAGAUAAUAU